AUGUACCCAGAUAUGGCUCUCAACAGUAGCUUAGGCCCAGAUGUCAUCAUGGCCCCAAGCUGCAGUACAGGCCACCUCGAUCAGUAUGGCCCCAGCAGCAGCAUGGCUCUCAAGACACCAACUUGGUCUCAGGUGGCAGCCAGACCCCAGGCAUCUACACAGUAUUCAGUGGUAACAGGAGCCACUAUGGACAUCAACAUAGACCUUGACUGCUAUAGGGCCACAAACCCAGACAUGACCCUUGGCAGCAGCCUGGACUUGGACAUCACUAUAUCCCCAAAUGGCAGCACAAGUCACUCAGAUCAGCAUGGUCCUGGAACCCGGAGCCAAGCAAAAGCUCUUUCUAGGAGCAGCAGACAACUGAAGUGCCGGCACACUGAAGCACAAAUGGACCCCCAGGAAAGAUGGAACAAGGUAUCCCUUGGCAGUAUGAUUCAUGACACCCAGAUGUUGAGCAUGAGCAUGGUGAGUGAAGACAAGGAUGGUAGGGAGUGUGGCUCUCUAGUAACUCACAACAAUACUGACUUACAGUGGGACACUCAGUCCUGCAAAGAGGAGGAAGAGAAAUGGUCUGUGUCCUCCAGCGCUGCCUUUGUGGAGCAGAAACCUGGGGAGACGCCUGGGGGAACCACCAACCAGGGAAAAAAGGAACCAAAGAUCACCCAGACUCAAGACUUCCCUCGAUUAGAGGAGGUUCUCAGUGCCCCUUGCAAAGCCUCCUCACAGAGGCAGCCUCACGGGGUCUCUGUGUGCAAUGAUGGAAACAAGAAGGCAAGCAAGGACACAGCCUUGGAAGUCCGGACCAGUUUCUUGCAUAGUGGGGAAUCAUUUUGGUCACAGAACAGAGCAGAUACAUCCUCCCUAGAUAAGAACUCUCUGGAGCAUCUUCCCAGAUCUGAGAGCAUCCCAGCUCAGACUUCAGCCACUUUCGCCACCAGCCCAGCAGCAGCUUUGGUCAGAGUACAGGGCAGUAGUAAAGUUGAGAGCCAGGUAGACCCAGGAGACAGAGGGCAGGAAGAGGAGAGUCCUACCAGGUGCGUGCAGGACAGGCGGGCCUUCCAGAAGUCCAGCAAACUCCAGGUCCCCCAAGAACACCAUGGCACCAAGCCCUUUGUGUGCCAGCUGUGCGGGAAGGCCUACUCUCACCGCAGCACGCUCCAGCAGCACCGGCGCCUGCACACAGGCGAGCGGCCAUACCGAUGCCCUUUCUGCGACAAGACGUACACCUGGUCCUCCGAUCACCGCAAGCACAUCCGCACCCACACCGGCGAGAAACCCUAUGGGUGCCCGGACUGUGGUAGGGCCUUCGUGCGCUCCUCCGAUCUGCGCAAACACCAGCGCAACAUGCACAGCAACGACAAACCCUUCCCGUGCACCCAGUGCGGCUUGACCUUCAACAGGCCUCUGUCACUACUGCGCCACCAGCGCACGCACCUGGGCACCAAGCCUUUCCGCUGCUCCUCCUGUGGCCGGGAGUUCUCCGUGGCCAGCCGCAUGGUGGAGCAUCAGCGCGUGCACUCGGGCGAGCGGCCCUUUCCCUGCUCCACCUGCGGCAAGUGCUUCACCAAAUCCUCCAACUUGCAGGAGCACCAGACGCUGCACACCGGUCAGAGGCCCUUCAAGUGCUCCGAUUGCGGUGUGGCCUUUGCGCAGCCCUCGCGCCUGCUGCGCCACCAGCGCAUCCACACGGGCGAGAGGCCUUUUCAUUGUGCUGAGUGCGGUCAAGCCUUCGCCCGCUCCUCCACCCUAAAGCGGCACCAACAGAUCCACUCUGGGGACAAAGACUUCCUCUGUGCUGAGUGUGGCAGGGCCUUUCACAUUGCAUCCGAGUUGGCGCAGCACAUCCAGCUGCACAAUGGGGAGAGACCCUACCAGUGUGAGGGCUGCGGCCAGGCCUUCAUCCGCUCCAACCACCUCGAAAGACACAAAGCCAAGCAUGACACCUGCAAGAAGGAGUCUGUCCCUUCCUCCUCCCAUGAAUGA